CAUUAAUACCAUUAUUAACAUUAAUUAUUAUUAAGUGAUUUUAGAUCACGUGAUCUGCUGAUAGCAGUCACGCCCAAUUCAAGAUGGCUGAUUGCUCCGCUUUGGAAGCUGAGGGUUUUAUAGCCUCUUUACCUCGUCCAGGAGACUUUGAUAAAGCGAGAGAAAAUGUAGAGCACUUUGUAGCUCAUCAUGCAAAGGAAGGGAACAAACUGGCCUUUGUUACUAGUGGUGGAACUAUGGUACCACUUGAGAUGAACACAGUCCGUUACCUUGACAACUUCAGUACAGGAAGCAGAGGAGCAAUAUCAGCAGAACAGUUCAUAUCCAAUGGGCUAUGCAGUGAUAUUCCUCCACAGAUCCUCCUCCUUGUUACCUUAUCACAGAAUAUUGACUCCACCCAAACUGACUUGCUGGAGGUGAGUCCUAGUGGUGAUGUUGUUAUGACAACCAGAGAGGCCAUUAAGCCAGUAUUGAGCAAGUAUAAAAUUGUACUUUCUUGCAACAAAUUAUUAUUAAUUGGAUACAGUUCUCUAUUUGAUUAUGUUCACUAUCUUCAAUUAAUAACUAAACUAGUUAAUAAUAUUAAUAGUAUUGUAUUUCUUGCUGCUGCUGUUUCUGAUUAUUAUAUACCACCAGAAGAUAUGUCUGAGCACAAGAUCUCCUCGCCCUCAUUAAAACUUGAAUUACAAAAAGUUCCUAAACUCCUUGGGAUUGUCAACAAUGACUGGGGGCCACUUGCUUAUGUAGUAUCCUUUAAAUUAGAAACUGAUUCAGCUGUUCUUAGUGAAAGAGCAAGGAAUGCUUUGAGACACUAUGGCCACCAGCUUGUGAUUGCUAAUACUCUGUCAACAAGAAAGAGUCAGGUAUUGAUAAUAGAGAGAGACAAGGAGGAGGUCUCCAUUGUAUUGUCACCAGAGGAGGCAGAGAAGGGCGGAGUCAUUGAAGAGAAACUGGUUGGACAAGUUUGUAAAAGACAUGGUAUCUAUAUUAAUGGACUUGGUUGAAUAUUUACACUUUAAUGUCAACUGCUAACUUUAUAAUUUUGUGUAAUAGUUCUUCACUUUGAUACAUGUAUUUUUAUUUGAUAUUUUAAAUUUACAAAAAUGAAGAUGUCGCAAAUUUUAUGCUACAGUAUAUGGGCAUGCUCUUUUUUAUUUGAUUGUUAUAUUGACUUGUCAAAAUGUUUAAUGUUUAUAAGUUAUAGUGAAA